UAGUUUUUAGUUUCUCUUGCUACUAAGAUUUCGAUUCUAUUUUAUUAAAUCACCUGUUCUUAGAUAUACAGCUUCUAAACCCGUCCAACCGUCACCCUCAAUUGUUCAAAAUGACUAUUAUUCAUAUUGUUCUCUUCAAAUUUCGCCCUGAUGUCUCUGCGGCACACAAGUCACUAUUUGUCUCAGAGCUCAAGACACUCAAAUCACUUCCCUGCGUCCAAGAUGGGCGACUGAUAGUUGGUGGGCCAUCAAUCACGGACCCGAUCGAAAGAAGCAAAGGUUUUGAAUUUGCCCUCCUUAGCUACCAUCGCGAUCGAGAGGCGUUAGCGGAGUACCAAGCAAGCAAAGAACAUCAUAGAGUAACUAGUACUUAUAUGUUUCCAUUUAAGGAGGAUUUAUUUAGAUUUGAUUUUGAGGUUGACAGCGAGGACGAAUAUAUGUGUCAAGGAAUUGGGAAUAGGCUCGUGAAGGGGUUCGUGGCACCCCCAGAAGACGCGGUAAAAAUAUGACAGAUCUGAG